CCUCCCACUAUUAUCGCAUGGUAAACAGUUACAAAUUUGAAGUUUGAACUUCUCAUUAUGUCUUCAAAGUGUUUUAAAUUGUUUCAAUCAAAGAGGCUUUAUUGUCAUUGAUCUGGAUUAUUCGUCAUGCCGAAGACGGUGGAAAUAGUGAAUAACUUUGAGUGGGCGGAAACCCUGGGGUGUCCACCGUCUGCCUGUUCUGAUCACGUUAAAAAAAUAUUCAAUCAUGGAAUUACUGGCCUCUGGUGGGAGGAAAUUGGCUCGAAAAUUCACCCGGUCAACGAUGUCCUGGAAACCCGAAAAAAUAUUCUACUUUAUUAUCUAAAAAGUCAGGGACAGACUCCUGCCAUCCAGCACAUUCGGAACACUAAACGUUUGAGGUCUGAGAGAUGUUUACUGGAGACUCAAGUCAUAAAUCUUCAGAGUGAAUGUGAGAAGAGGGAGAACUCAAUUAAAGAAAAAGUCUUAAAGCUCCAAAAAAUCAGAGCUACGAAGAAGGCCCUGGAGACCAAGAAGAGCCUCCUAAACCUAAGUCACCAUGAAAUGAAAGAGAAAAUGCGUAACUGCCGGGACAUGCGAGCGGUUUGCCAGGACUUGCUCCCCUCUUCUCAGUCAGGUAUAGACCCGACGACGAUGAACGAGUCGCUGACGCUCGUCGGUGGGAUAUCCUCGAGAGCCGAUAAAAGCAAGGCCUGGAAGCAGAUUCAGGAGACACUCGGUCCAAUCGCAAUUCCCGAGUUAUGGGACUGGAUUCUGAAGAAUCGAAUUCGAAAUAAUGAAGAGCUCUGCAAACUGGGGAUCGACGAGAGUGACACCAAGAAGACGAUCUCCCAAUUGGAUCUGGAAAUAGCGAGUGCUCGAGGUCGACAGCUCAAAUCAGCGAUCGCCAAGUGCAUUCAACUGGAGAAGGCCAAAGAGUACGAGGCACGAGGUAGUGAAUAUCUCGAGCAAAUAUCCGCAUGGUUCGAUGACAACGAGGAGAUGGAUAAGUGGCUGAUGACAACCAUGGAGGUGACGAAGUUCGAGGCAACUCAGAAGGUCCUUCAGAGCGAAAUGGAGAAGAUGAAGCACUUCAGCGAGGAGCAAAAUGCUGUCUCCCUGGAGCUGCACGAGCUCGAGUCAGAGAUUAAUGAGAUUGACUAUCAGAUGCAGCAGAGGGUCCAGACACUCCACAGGUCCCUGGGACUUCUCCAAUCUGCCAGCAAUUUUUUGCUAAUUCUGAAGGACAAUUUGACAGUAGCUUUGGAGUCUAUUCGAUCUUUGAGCUGCCAGCACGAGGCUGCUCCAGACAGGAUGAAUGGACAUCUCAGUCAUGAGCUGGAGGUCUUCCAGGAGAACCUGGAUGUCAAUGCUUUAAAUAAGAUUGUACUGAGUGGAAAGGUCGGAGCUUACAGACAUGCCACGACGUGCAUGAGCAACGCCUCGAUCUCAUUUACAACCCUGACAUCAGCAACUCCAGUCCUCCAGCCCGCCCUCUACCACCUGAUCACUUGCUACCUCGAUAUCAUCGCCAACAAAUACUUGAAGCAGAAGAAAGAGGAAUCAAUGAUUGCUAAUCAACUGGAAAUCAGUUUGAAGUCCUCACUUCCAUCUUUUGCUCAUGAGAGGGACAUAAUUGAGCUCCUGGACGAGGGGAACUCUAGGGGGAAAAAAUGUCGGGAAGAAAUUUCAGAGCUGACCUCGAUUUUUGACUCUUGGUGCUCUCAACCAGUCGCAGAAGUCAUGGCCAUCAACGACUCCCUGGUACAUGGAGCAACCUUCAACGAAUGGCUUCAACGCUACACCACACUCAUCUACAUGCUUCAGCGUUCCAAGUGACGAAUUGAUUACGAUUUUAAUUAGAUCGUUGCGAUAUUUUUCCUUUUUGUAUUUUUAUAUUGAUGAUAGUGAGAGCUAGAGCUCUAUAAAUAAUAAUAAAGAUGUCUUACUUCAAAAAAAUGA